GGUCGCGGCGAGUUUAGUUCCUGCUAGAGACACGUGAUGGUAAACUGAAUGCCGUAUGCACUCCUGGAGUUUGACUGCGAAAAGUACUGUGAUCCUACAUGUGGUCGAGAUGAUGGAGUCCAAAAUAAAAUAACAGAGGUGACUGAAGCACCAAGAAUCAGGACUCCAUCAAGCCGAAGGAGCCGCAACAGAAAUGGCAAACCUGAACUGGAAGCCGUUUGUCUAUGGGGGAAUGGCCUCAAUUGUCGCAGAAUUCGGUACGUUUCCCAUUGAUCUCACAAAAACACGGCUCCAGGUUCAAGGGCAGACGCACUGUAUGGAGGUCCGAUAUCGGGGAAUGUUCCACGCUUUGUUGAGGAUUGGCCGUGAAGAAGGGAUCCGGGCAUUGUACUCUGGAAUUUCUCCUGCAGUCCUCCGACAAGCUUCUUAUGGGACAAUCAAGAUCGGUACAUAUAACACAUUAAAGAAACUGUUUGUCAGUCAUCCAGAAGAUGAGACUAUGGUGAUUAAUGUGUUUUGUGGUGUGGUGUCUGGAGUUUUGUCAUCUUCUUUGGCAAAUCCAACUGAUGUGCUAAAGAUUCGCAUGCAGGCUCAAGGCAGCCUGUUACAGGGAAGCAUGAUGUCUAAUUUCAUCAACAUUUACCAGACUGAAGGCACGCGAGGCCUGUGGAGGGGUGUAAUUCCUACAGCACAGAGAGCGGCCAUCGUGGUGGGUGUAGAGCUGCCAGUCUAUGACAUCACCAAGAAGCAUUUGAUUCAUUCAGGCCUCAUGGGAGACACUGUGUUAACUCAUUUCAUUUCCAGUUUCGCGUGUGGUCUGGCAGGUGCUUUAGCCUCCAACCCAGUGGAUGUGGUGAGGACACGUAUGAUGAAUCAACGUGUGCUCGCGGGUAACCCUAUGUACAAGGGUACGCUGGAUGGACUCAUGCAGACCUGGAAAAAUGAAGGAUUUUUUGCUCUCUAUAAAGGCUUCUGGCCCAACUGGCUUCGUCUGGGGCCCUGGAACAUAAUUUUCUUCAUCACCUUUGAGCAGCUGAAGAAGCUUCCAUUGUAGAGCUGUGUGUAUGUGUCUGGGGCUUCUGUCCUUCAGCAUUUACCAUCCCUUCUCCGUCACGCACCUAUAAGUAUUUUUAUUUAAGAAUGAAAAUGUAUUUUGUUCUCAUUUGCAUUGUACAUACUUGACCUAUUUAAACAUAUUUGUUUUUGAACCUAAAUGCUUUGUGUUUCAAUCCUGGCAGCUAUGUUGUCCAUCCCCGCCAUGUUCUUAGGCCCAGUGGUGUUUUCAUCAUAUAUGCUUGGUCAGAUAGGAGCAGCACUGGUGAAUAUUUGAGGUAAAGGGCUAUAGCGAAAACUGGAAACUACGAGGCAUAGUUUCUCUACACUGGAUUGGGAGUCUAGAAUUGUAGCAUAAGUUACUAAAAACACAUCCGCCAUGUGGGGGAUGCAAAGCAAUAGUUUAGUGUAGAACUGAAUGCAGUUGUUGAAUAUAAGCAGGGAUAUUUGAGGUCCACGCACUCCUAAUUAGACAUUGUCCUUAUUUAACAUGCAGACACAGCUUCAGUGAUGUAUGUAUUUUGCUUCAUCUGUAGACUGCAGAUAUGAUAGAAAUUGGCAUGUUGCAAAAUUGCAUGCAGCCCAAAUUAAUACCAAAGGAACUAGUAAAGGGAGAUGUGUGGCCUCAUAUCCUGGAUCGUUGAGAUCAUUGGGCCUUAUUCAUAAAACAUGAGCCAAUUUCAAUGUAGCCUAAGUCUGUUCUUGUGCAAGUUUGUCACAUUUAAUUCAAAACUGCUCAGAAAUUGUUACGCUUAGAAGGCCCAACAUGUGAAAAAAGCUUCAUGUAUCCCAUAUUAUGUCAAGGACGUGUGAAAAGCUCCAUGAAAAUGGGUUAGAAGUUUGUUUGAACAUGCACAGAAUUCUAAGCACUUGUGAUAUUGCACAAGUUUUUAUUUUACUUUUUUUCAGUGAUGUCUUUAUUUGCGUGUGUUCUGAGAAGCACAUGUAAAAUGUCAAAUAUUUUGGCAGCCGUCAAAAGUGUUUAAAUACUGCUACUGUACUAUAGAAUAAAAUAUUAGCACAUAUAGUUUUUGUUUGUUCAUUUUCAACCAGAUUUUGUAGAAAAGGGUGUCAUUUGCAUUUUUAUUGCUUGCCUCUUUGCCAAAGUGAACGUGUUUUAAACCAGAACUGCACUGAUGUUGCUGGUUUUUAAAAGUGACAUUAUUAUUGUUAUUAUUGGGAAAGUACUGUUACAUAUUCAUCAUUGUAUGUCAUCAUAUUUCAAGGCUUACCACUUCCUGCUUUUAUAUUUAUGCCUUUGCCUGAUUU